AUGUGGACCGAUUCUAAAACGGCACUUUCAUGGAUAAAGGCUGACCCUAGGAACUAUCGUCCCUUCGUGUCCAACAGAGUCGUCGAGAUUCUUGAGUCCACCAAUGGCAACGAAUGGAAAUGGGUACCAUCCAGGUUUAAUCCAGCAGAUGAGGCCACAAAGUGGGGAAGUGGACCCUACUUUAGUAACACCAGUUCGUGGUUUAGCGGGCCUGCCUUUCUACUGCGAUCCGAGCAGGAAUGGCCAUCGUUAGCAGAAGAGAUAAUACCAACAACCCAAGAAAUACGAUCGACGAUUCUACACCACCACUCCUUUGAACAGUUUAUUGAUUUCUCCCGUUUUUCCUCUUGGAUUUCAUUGCAACGCACAGUUGCAUACGGUCUAAGGUUCGUAGAAAAGGCUAGAAAGCGACGUACAACAUCAGACCACCUUCAACAGCCGGAAUUAAGAAUAGCAGAAAAAACUAUCUUUAAAUUGGUUCAACGCGAAAUCUAUGCCGACGAAGUCCGUAGUUUGGAAAAUGCGAUGAAAAACAAAGAAGACCGACCCACCGUCCGUAAGCAAAGUACAAUCUACAAGCUAGUCCCAGUUUUAGACGAGUUCGGAUUAUUAAGACAGUGUAGUCGUUUAAAGGCUGCGAAAAACGUUCAUCAUGAUACGCGUUUCCCUAUCAUACUGCCAGGAAAACAUUACGUCACGGAACUGCUGAUAAAACACUAUCACAAAAUUUAUCAACACAGAAAUUGCGAAACCAUUGUAAAUGAAAUGCGUCAAGUUUUUGAAAUUCCGAAGCUACGAGUUGCGGUGAAAAAGAUCAGCUACAAUUGUCCAAUUUGCAAACUAAAAAGGGCUCGGCCUAUUAUCCCACCGAUGGCGCCACUGCCUGUAGCACGGCUGGCUCACCACGAAAGGGCAUUCACAUACACUGGUGUGGACUAUUUCGGACCACUUUUGGUCAAAGUUGGAAGAUCGAAUGUUAAGCGCUGGAUAGCCCUUUUUACCUGCCUAACUACCCGGGCAGUACACCUCGAAGUUGCGUACACCUUAACAACGACAUCCUGUAUUUCCACAAUUCGAAGGUUCGUUGGUCGACGAGGUCCACCCCGUGAAUUUUUCAGCGAUAAUGGAACGAAUUUUCAAGGAGCUGAACGAAUUCUACGAACACAAAUCAGCCAGGGACUCUCCGAAACAUUCACAUCAAGUUCGACGAGAUGGACGUUCAUCCCACCUGGAGCUCCCCACAUGGGUGGAGCAUGGGAGCGGCUCGUACAGUCCGUGAAAGCAGCCAUGAAAGAUUCUUACGCCGAAGGAAAACAUGACGAUGAGGGGUUGCAGACGCUAAUCGUGGAGGCGGAACGAAUCGUAAAUUCAAGGCCACUGACGUAUCUACCACUAGAAUCCGAUGAAGCCGAAGCACUGACUCCGAAUCAUUUUCUGAUUCUGAGCUCCAGUGGACGUAAAGACGAGAGCAGAGAUGAACUUAGAAGAAAUGUACCAAUCGAUCAAACUGAGCUGAACACACUGCGCAAAGGUCUAGGAAGGUGCUGGGAGGCGAUGCAGGAGCAACUUAACAUCUUCUGGAAACGAUGGUUGCAUGAAUACCUCCCCGUAAUUCGAAGGCAGCCGAAAUGGUUCGAACAAUCGAGACCGCUCGAGGAUGGAGAUUUGGUAUUGGUAGUGGACCCGACGAAGCGGAAUGAUUGGGAACGUGGCCGCAUAAUCCGAAUGCUACCCAACUCCGAUGGCUACGAACGACGAGCGAUUGUGCAAGUGGGCAAUUCAAAACACGUCAGGCCUGUGUCCCGAUUGGCACUGCUUGAUGUUCGAGGAAAAUGUGUAUUGCCAGAGAACGCCGGAACACACCCGGGGGAAGAUGUUGCGGCAUCAAGCAGCGACAUUGGCCGCACUGCCAUCAUCGACGCAGCCAGUGUAACAACGAUAUAA